AAGGAGGAAAAAUACAACGAAGAAGAAGCAGCCGCUCAUGUGGACUUCUGGAGAAGCACUGACAGCUAAUUUAGCCUGCCAACUUUUGUGACAUCUAUCGUGGCAAUUUUGCAAUUCCACAUUAAUAAAGAGGACUGGAACGGAAACCUCUUACAGUAUUGUUCCACUUUUAAUUUGCUUUUAGUUAGUAUAAUUAGUAUAACACGCACCCAGAUGGGAAGCUGGUCGCCUUUUUUCCAGUUAGCGUCUUUCUCGCCUUAAUUCUCAGAUAAAAAGCUGAGGAUCCUCUGAUGACAUCCAGGUGGGAAACAAUGUUUUAGUUAAAGCAGUCAAGCAGACCUUCAUUCAGUCGAGGGCUGCACUGUGCGGCAUUCAGCAGGAUCAACCGGACGGGAAAGUAGCACCAUCAAACGUAAUUUCCCCUGUCAAUGGUACACGUUAAUUAAAACGACAGCCUGAUUGUUGAAACACUCGGGUUUGCAUCGGACACCUGGAGGUCAACUUCGCCGUUUGACGUUAGCAUUCCGGCUAACCGGUGAAUCUGGAGGAUAGCUCCGCAGCCAGGCUACUGCUAACGUUACCUCCGUAGUCGUAGUUCAUCCCUGCUGUCAUCGUCCUGCCGCCGGGGACUUCAUGUUUUACUGCCUCUCCGCUGCUCUCACGCUGCUUCCCCGCCGCCUGCCCUGCUCCUUCUCACCGAGUGCUGUGACCCGAACCGUCCGCCUCCUCGGCACGAUGGAGCCGGCCGUGGUGAGGUGCCUCCCCGGGGAGCCCAAACUCACUAUCUCCUUCUGUCUGGACGGCAGUCACAAGCACAUGCUGCGGGACCAAGACGAAGCGCUGGGCAAGGUCCUGUCCCGGAUCUCGAACAACAUCACCAAGGGCCAAGGAAAGGCGAAGAAGUCGAAGAAGAAGGAGGGCCAGCAGCAGGACGAACCCCCGGAGCCCACCGUGGUGAAGCUGUACUACGAAGGGCUUGAGGUGGCCGACACGGUGCCGAACUCGGAGGCGUGGCAGGACGGAGCCGUGCUGCAGGUGGGAGACGUUAAAUACUCGAUCCGGAGGAACAGCCCCACCUUCACUACCGCUGAGCUCCCGGUGUCCCUCAUGGCCGGAUACCCCGCCUGUCCCAAACUGGAGGUGGAGUUUGGGAGCCUGCAAGACUGCGAGUUCACAUGGUACAAAGAAAAUGUCCCAAACGCAAGCCCAGAAGCUGCUGGAGAAGUUUCAGGUCAGGAUGGUGGUUGGACAGUGGUAGGGAGCAGCAGAGUCUACGUCCCGUCCAAUCAGGACAUCGGCUGCCGGCUUAAACUGUGCUGCAAGCCUAAAGAUGGAAGACGCAGUGGCCUGGCCAAGGACCUGGUCUCGGUGGGAGCUGUAGAGGCCGGACCAGGCGUGUGCAUGUUCGACAACAGACACGUGUACACUGCGAAAGAGGUGGAGUGGCCGGCUGUGAGGGUCGUGACCUACAAUAUCCUCGCUGACGUCUACGCCCAGACAGAACUGUCCAAGACUGUGCUUUACCCGUACUGCGCCCCCUAUGCCCUGCAGCUGGACUACAGACAGAACCUGAUCAAGAAGGAGCUGGCCGGAUACAACGCUGACAUCAUCUGUCUGCAGGAGGUCGACAAAGGGGUGUUCACAGACAGUCUGACUCCAGCUCUGGAUGCCUUCGGUCUGGACGGCGUUUUCAGGAUCAAAGAGAAGCAGCAUGAAGGACUGGCCACUUUCUACCGCAGGUCAAAGUUUCAGCUGCUGAGCCAACACGACAUCGUGCUGAACGAGGCGUUGACCUCUGACCCCAUCCAUUCUGAGCUGCUGCAGAAGGUUUCCGUGAACGGCGCUCUGAUGGACAAGAUGAAGAGGUCGACCAUCCUGCAGGUGAGUGUGCUUGAGGACCUGAACAAACCAGGCAGGAAGGUCUGUGUGGCCAACACUCACCUGUACUGGCGCCCAGAAGGAGGGAACGUUCGUCUGGUUCAGAUGGGUGUGGCCCUGCAACACCUGAGUCAUGUGAUCAGCGAGGUCGCACCUGGAGCCCCUCUGGUCUUUUGUGGUGACUUCAACUCCAGCCCUGACUCAGGUGUGUUCCAGCUGGUCACUGAGGCUGCAGUCCCUCAGCAGCAUGCAGACUGGAGCAGCUCGGGGCCGGAGGAGUCCUGCAGCAUGGAGCUGCUCUCUACUUUUCCUCCGCUGCUGAGCGCCUACAGCAAGCCGGCCUACACAAACUACGUGGGAGGAUUUCAAGGCUGCCUGGACUACAUCUUCAUACAGCCGGACAGAAUGCAGGUGGAGCAGGUGAUUCCUCUGCCAAGCCACCAGGAGGUCACCACCUACAAAGCUCUGCCCAGCGUAGCACACCCCUCCGACCACAUCGCCCUCAUCUGUGACCUGCGCUGGAACCCCUGACCUCUGACCUCAGACCACAUGGACAGAUGGGAGAACUGGGCCGUUGGUUGAUCCUGCAAACACAUUCUGACUUUUGGGUUUUUUAAGAGGCGAAGUCCGAGCGUGCAAACAGUGGAAGACAACAUAAAGACAGACUAGCAGAGAAAUCAUCUCACAUAGAAGCUCCUUAAUUUACACUUACGUGACUCAAAUGUUGAGAUUAAGUUCAUACUUUAGUAUCACCUGUACAAUAAUAAUGAUUAAUCACUGAUAUUCAGCGUUGAAGUUGUUACUGGAAAGAAGUAAUGAAUUUCACAUUGCUAUACUUUUUCCUAAAAAUAAUUGAUUAUUUUGGUUGUUACAUACUCUUGGAAGAAAAGAAAAGCUGCAUGACUGCGUCAUGCCAGAUAAUUAUCUGUCUGUGCUCAUGCUACCAACAGAAAUAAUGUGACCCCUGCUGGUUCUUCCUCACUGUUGAAAACCACUGAUGUGACUAUGAUUUUAAACUCCAUUGGGCUCAGUACCCUGUGAUGUGGUAAAUAAAUACAUAUUUUUAAAAAGGUAUUUAUUAUUAAUAUUAUUUUGUUCAAAUAAGUUGCUCAGUGGUUCCUUGAGUUUUUUAAAUAAAAUUUGAAUCUAUGCAUGAG